AUGCCCUCAGUUGAAAAUGUUAACUUGAAGCGUGCUGCCAGUGACUUAUGGGAUUCUACAGCAAAUCAAGCUUUUAAGAUUCGUAAAGUAGAACCAUCUUUUCAAAUAAAUAAAAUGAAGACAGAGCCUAACAAAAAGAAGAAAGCUAAAAAGCACAAGCACAAACAAAGGAAACAAAAUGUUACGACUACAACUAAUACUGGACAAAAGAUAGUAAAGAGAAACGAUAAUGAUCAUACUUUUCUUGAACUUGACAGUGAUCAAGAUAAAAAAGCUUUAAAAAAAAAACAAUUGAAAAAAAUGUUGAAAAAGAGGAGAGAACUAGACAACCUCCAGAAAAAUGAUGUUAAAACAAAGACAAAUGUAAAGCCUUUAAAUAACAAAAAGCUUGAAAAGUCAUCAUCAUCAUUACCACCAAAAGCGGCAUUCUCUUCAAAGACUGUUAUUGUUCUAUCAGAUACAGAAGAUAAUGAUGAUAAUACUCGAUUAACAUUCAAAAAGGAUCAUAAUAAAGGAUUGUACGAACUAGAUGAUCAAACAUAUAAAUAA